AUGGAUUCUAGUAUGGAGGAAAUGAUUAAAUUGCUAGGAUUAGGGAUGGAUGAUGCUCAUGUUGUGGGGAUAUGGGGGAUGGGUGGAAUAGGUAAGACAACUCUUGCAAGUGCUAUUUAUGCCCAUAUCUCUUGCCAAUUUGAAGAUUACAGCUUCAUUGAAAAUGUUAGAGAAGUUUCAGAAAAAGGUGGUCUGCAAAGUCUACACGAACAACUCAUUUCCGAAAUCUUAAUGGAGAAAGAUUUGAAAGUAGGAAAUAUUGGUAGUGCCUUAAGUACAAUAAGCAAUAGGGUAUGCCGUAAGAAGGUUCAUAUUGUUCUUGAUGAUGUGCAUGAGUCAACAGAACUUGAAAAAUUGGUAGGAGAGCUUGAUUGGUUUGGUUUUGGAAACAAUAAACUGAUGAUGCAUGAUUUGAUACAAGAACUGGGGUGGAAUGUUGUUCGUCAGGAAUCACCUAAAGAGCCUAGGCAGCGUAGUAGGUAUUGGCUUUAUGAAGAUUCGACACAUGUGCUGGUGAAGAAUAUGGUAAGAGAUCAUAUUGAGAAGUAUGAACACUCUAAACUUAAUUAUUUAACAAAGCUAAUUCUGCAUAGUGACAUUCAAUUGGAAACUCUUGAAGUUCUUAAUGUCUCUGGGUGCUCAAAGGUUGAAAACAUUUCAGUCAACUUUGGAUAUAUGAAAUGUUUAUUAGAGCUUGAUUUAGAUGGGAUUGGUGUAAGUGAACUUCCAGCUUCAAUUGGACAUCUUUGCCAAUCUUGUUUUAUUGAGUCUGAGCAAUUGCAAAAAAUUGAGAAGUAUUUCAGACAACAUUUGUCAGUUGAAAACUCUUAG